AUGACGGUCGCAUCAUUAUCUUAUCAACAUCAACGCCUAUUUCUCCCAAUCCUUUGCUGUCGUUUACCGCCGCUAAAUCCAUCUUCCCGAAUCAUUAUCAUCAUUGUCUUCAAAUCCUUCGCCUUGUCUCCUUAUCCUUAUCAAUAUAAUAUUCUACUAUUCGCCUCUUUCUUCUUAUCCCUUUUUAUCCUCGUAUUCCUCCCCUUCAUCAACUUCUUGCUCUCUCUCUCUCUCUCUCUCUCUCUCUCUCUCUCUCUUUUCUUCCUCAUUAUCGCCUUCUUAUUUUUCUCUACACUUUAUUCCAUUCUGAAACCUUCUCCACAUCUUCCCAUGGUACCACCUUUCCAACCCUCUUGCCUCUCUUCCAAGCUCCCUUUUUCUUCUCCACCCCCAUCUCUUUUCUUUUUCUUCUUUUUCUCCUCCUCUUUGACCACCUUUCCUAUUACAGGCCUCCUUCCAUUUUGCUCCCUCUUCCCUCUCCCGUGUUCUCUUUCUUUACUAUUUGUUCCCCUCCGACAAACCGUUAUCGCCCCCUACUUCUCUUUCUCCUCACUUCACGCCUCUCCCUAUCCACCUCCCCUUCUCAUUACCUUUCUCUAUCUCCCCAUCCUUCCUAACUUUUUCCUAAUCUCCCCUUCCAGUUCUCAUUAUUCCUACUCCUCUUUUCCCUCCUCCUUCUUCUAUUCUCUUCUCUUUUCCCUCAAAUCUCCAUCUUCGUCUUCUCCUUUUCCGCAUCUCAUUGUGUUUUUUCCUCUCUCUUUUCUCGCCCUCCUCUUCGUCUAG